CCACCCCUCCCUAUGACGAGGGUUAGUGGAGACGGGCAGCAGGGGACGGCGCCGAGCUCCGAGGGUUACAUUGUAACGGUGUUUGUUUUCUUUCAGCAAAUAGAUCCUCCGACACAGUGGGCAACAUGAAAUGGAUGUUUAAAGAAGACCAUUCAUUAGAACACAGAUGUGUCGAAUCUGCCAAAAUUAGAGCUAAAUAUCCAGAUAGAGUACCAGUGAUAGUGGAGAAAGUAUCUGGCUCACAAAUAGUGGAUAUAGACAAGAGAAAGUACCUGGUGCCGUCUGAUAUUACGGUGGCACAGUUCAUGUGGAUCAUUAGGAAGCGAAUCCAGCUGCCAUCUGAGAAAGCCAUCUUCCUUUUUGUAGAUAAGACAGUCCCUCAGUCCAGUUUGACCAUGGGCCAACUGUACGAGAAGGAAAAAGAUGAAGAUGGGUUUUUGUAUGUGGCUUAUAGUGGAGAGAACACAUUUGGCUUCUGAACAUCUGCUUCAGCUCACCCACCAAUCAUGCUCACCCAAUGGAAAGCGUACUUUUACUGUAGAUACAUUAUCUUUUUGGACAAUGUGUGUGUGGAACAUUAACUAUUAUGAAUACAUUUAAUACUUACAUAUUCAGUUUAUGUUUAAAUUAUAUGAAAUUAGUUUUCUUUGCAGUUAAAUAUUGUGAUGUGUCUGCUGUUUGAGAUUUUUAAUGAGUUGAGAUCUGUAUUUAAGUUGUGUAAAUAUGGAAUAAGGUGGCUGGAACAACCUAACCAAUAAUAAACACAUCAGAAUUUACAAA